AAAAUGAUGCACCCUGUUGCCAGCAGUAACGCAGCUUUCUGUGGGCCCGGCAAGAGUUCUUGCCUUAACGAAGACGCGGUGAGAUCCGCCGACCAGUUUGACUUGUACGCCAGCCAGCAGAGCAAAUACGGCCACGCCGUCGGCCACAAACCCAUCGCCUGCCAGAGACAAGAUGCCUUGAACGAAUCCCACUUGCAGACCACGAGCGGCAGGAAUCUAGAGACAAAAGACGAACUCAAGAAAAAGAAAAACCUCAACCGAUCCGGAAAACGUGGAAGACCCUCAGGGACCACAAAAUCAGCAGGGUACCGAACCAGCACAGGUCGACCCCUGGGGACCACCAAAGCAGCUGGAUUUAAGACAAGUCCAGGCAGACCCUUGGGUACGACCAAAGCGGCGGGAUACAAAGUCAGCCCAGGCAGACCUCCAGGAAAAAAGCAGCAAGCCUUCAGGUGUUCCAGUGAUGCCUAACACAUGUUGAGCUGGACUUUAUGCUGUACUUUACAAAAAAUAGGUGUGUUGAAAUUGGUUUGGGGGAACUGUGUAUGCACUGGCAACUAAGACAAUGAACCUCAACUAGACUGGAUGGCUCCUUAGUGGAUAGAUGAACUAACGGCAGCUAAACUGCUACUAAAACAAAUCGUUUCUUCGCGCUGAAGCUCUGAAAACCCGGUUACACGUUCUCUUCCUCGAGAAACUGGCGAGGCCUGAAAUUUAGCAAAUCUUCCUCAGAACGCUCUCACUUCUGACACACGCCACCGGGAGUUAAUUCGCCCUCAGGAUCUGUGCUGUAUUUGGCUGUUUUUAAUCCGAUGAUUUUUUCAAACAAAAGACUGCUUUAAGUUCUUUCCGAACUCAGCUGGGAAAGCAGCCCCUCUUCAGCUGAAUGUAGUGACGGCGGGAGUGUGGCACCUCGCUGGCAAGGAACGUGUUGCAUGUCACCACUGUCCCUUGGAGAAACUCCACUUCUUUACCUCCUCCUCUUCCUCCCCUUCGCUCCUGUCCCCGUUCCUCACUGGGGCAUCGGCCCGACGGUGCUGUGCUGUGUGUCGGGAGGUAACGCAGACGUAUGGCUCUUCUGCUCCUAGAAUGAGUUUUGUAUUCCAGUACGAAAUAAUGAAAUCAUCCGAGCAAUUUCUGUUCAUUACCGUGUUUAUUAAUUACAUCAGAUGGAAUAUAAUCCCAGUGAGAAACAAUUAACGCUGUCAAUUAUGAAAUGAUGAGCGUCAAGUAGGAAAGUGUUCAGAGAGUCUUAAUGGGGCUCUGGAUUUAGCAAGGAGACCAGCCGAUUAUUUUCUAUCUGACUAUGGUUUUACUGGUGCUGUGCAGCGAGGGGAAGAAACAAGAAGUUUAAGAGAUGCAAAGUGAACUAGAAAUGGAAUUUUCAAAUCCUUCUGCUUUUCCAAUGUAUAAGCCGCAGAAUACAUCCUGCUUUUUUUCCAACACUUUUCUUUCCGUGACAAACACUGAAACAGCAUGUUAAUGCCUAAACUCUAUUAGUACCAAUGGGAAAACUGGCCUUUUCCCCCCUUAGUCUAAAAACAUAACUUGUAAGGUAAAUUGCUUAUUUUAUAUUAUAUAUCAUAAUUCAGCUAUUCAUAAGCUAGGAUCACUGUUGUGUGUUAACACUGUUCAGAAGAUCUAAAUGUCAAGUUUGAUUUUUAAUAAUUCCUUUUAAUUAUCAAGUUUCUAACGUCUUAUUUAUACAUAAAUGAAAUGUAUUAGCUUGCUAUUAUUCCUUAAUGACGCUAUACAAGUUCACUGUUUAAUAUACAUAUAGUAACUACUAUUCAGUUUCUGAUGAAAUUUACUUAAACUUUAAAACCAAAUAAUUUUGCUACUAUAAAGUCUUGCACUGGACAUAUUCAACAUGCUAGCACCAUAUUUUGGCAGAAAAAAAAAAAUCAGAUACCAUCAGAAGUGGCUGACUGAUAUCAAAGAUAGUAUUUUUAAAAUCAGUGGUUAGCUUUGUCGUUAAAGCAAUGUUCUUUAGAGCUUGGAUUUAGUUGGAACUAAUAAAAAUAAUGACGUAUCGAGAGCCAUUAAUGAUCUCUGUUCCAAAUGAAUAUAUUUUCAUUUUGGUCUGAAAGACCUUAGAGAGUUCAGUCCAAACCAAGCCUUGUCAGUGAAAAGUGAUGUGUCUGUGAAAAGAAUUACUUGGAACCACAACACGCAGAGUAAUUCAGCUGAGAAUUUAAGUCCCUCCCCCGUUUUUGAAGAGCUUUAAAAGGCAGAGCAAUGUGAAGUCAUUCGUCCGAUGGUUUCAUGAGCUGUGACUCUGCUGUUCUUUGUUGUAUGUAUGAUAAUGUUUCACGCUAUCCUUAGAGUUGACAGUUAAAACAGUUGAUAACAAUCAUAAAUACUUUGAACUGCAGACUUCCUUUCUGACCACAAAAGAAGUUUAUUCUUCUCUAUUUUAAUGCAUAUAUUUUAACACCGCUUAAAUAUAUUUAUGACUUUAGUAGAGAUUAGACCUUUCUCCUUGUGAUUUUUUUUUCUUUUUUUUUUUUUCCAAAUAGAUAAAUCUGUAAUCUGAAAUUUGAACCACUUUCUGAUACUUUAAUCUUUCAUAAUUUGCUUUUCCACAGGUUUACUUUUGGGGAAAAGAGUAAUCUGUUCAAUAACUAGUAUCGGCACCCCGUCCUCUGCUGUAAAAAGCCUGACUAGAUACUGUGUAUGUUUUUAUGUCCAUGAACUUGAGCUACUCGUGUGCAAUUAUGUGUAUGGGAAUGGAGUAGUGUUCAUGAUCUGUAUUUACAUCAUCAUAUGGAUGUAUAUUUAUUAAUAAAGUUAAUACUUUAAAACCUAA